AUGCCGGCCCGCCAAGCAGCUCGGCGGCGUCCCGGGCGGCGGCCCUCCUGCUGUGUUCGUGUUGCCGCGGGUCGGGCGCCGUGCCCGCCGCCGUUGUGCCGCGCCGCCGCCGGCUGCCACCGCCGGCCCCCCGGCCCGCCGGCCUCCGCCGCUCAAACCGCCGUCAACGCGCCCGAGACAGACGUGGCCCUGGUGCACGCGAUCUUCCGACAUGGAGCCCGCACGCCUGUGGAUACAUAUCCAAACGAUCCUUACAUCAACAUUACAUUCUCGCCAGUUGGUUGGGGGCAGCUGACUAACAAAGGCAAGAUGAUGCAGUACCAGCAGGGCAAGUUCCUGCGGGAGCGCUACGACGCCCUGCUGGGGCCCUUGUACUCCCCACGCGUCAUCGAGGCGCGCUCCACCGACAAGGACCGCACCAAGAUGUCGGCGCUGCUGGAGCUGGCCGGGCUCUGGCCGCCCCAGGGCGACCAGCGCUGGAACCCGUCGCUCAACUGGCAGCCCAUUCCCGUGCACAGCGUACCCGUCCCGGAAGAUCACCUUCUCCUGGGCUACUCGCCAUGUCCAGGCUACUACGAGAAACGAGAUGCGGUGUUAGCAAGCGACGAAGUUAAGUCACAACUUGAGGCCCUAAAUGCCACUAUCCUUUACGAAGUUUUGACCAAUAUCACAGGCCUCCAAAUUGCUAAUCCCGACGACGUGCAAUCGCUCUACAGUACUUUAACGGCGGAGCAACAGUUUGGUCUUACACUGCCUGAAUGGUCACUUGAAUACUACCCUGAGAAACUGGAAACAAUUACAGCUUUGAGUUUUGAGUACAACGCGUACACAAAAGAACUACAAAAAAUUAAAGGCGGACCCUUGUUGAAAAAAAUAGUAGAGGAUGCAAAACAGAAAAUAAAUGGAACAUUGGAACGUAAGUUUUUCAUGUACGCCGGCCAUGAUUCAACAAUUGUAAAUUUACUGAUGUCACUUGGUGUGUGGGAUACACAAGUUCCCGGAUAUGGUAUUCUGACAUUGGUAGAGUUGCACCAAGAGAAAGAAAACGGAAACUAUGGAAUAAAGGUUUUCCUACGAAAUUCUACUGAAGAGGAUCCAUAUGCUUUAGAAAUUCCUGGAUGUGGUCAUUACUGUCCAUUUCCAAAAUUUGAAGAAUUAACAAUGGAGACAAUCACACUAAAUUGGGAUGAACUUUGUCAGAUUAAUGAUCCAAACUAUGUGCCCCCAAGUUCCUCGCCAAUUUAAAUGUAUUUAUUAAUAUGUAUUUUGAAGAUUAGUAUUAUAAAUGAUAUUAAAGUACCUAACAAUAAUAUUUUUACUCAUUCACAGUUUUUUUUCUGUGGCAUAAAUAUAAAUAGAAUAGAACCAUAAAUGCCUCGUGAACCACAAGCCGUUUAACAGAUUUAGCUCUAGUCUAAAUUUGAAUAUUUUUUUAUCCACAAUAAAAAAUCAUACAUUGAUGGAUUCUUCAGAAAUAGAGAAUAAGAAAUUUACUCUUGCCACCUGAUUGUUGUUCUGAUUAUCAACUGUAUUUAAAUAAUGACGCAGCUAAAUUACAUUGUUUAUGUAUCAUAAUGUUUCCUCAAAGCUUGUCAAUAAACAUUUCACUGUCACAAAAACAUUUUGAAUGUUGUUAUUUUUUUCCAUACAGCAG